UUCGCUCUGCUGUUGCCACCGCUCACGAAGGCAGCCCCCAACGAACACGAACGAGCCCACUCAUCGAGUUUAUAAUAAUAUCCUGAGCAGGCGGCACAACAAAAACAAACAUCGAAUUAAAAUAGCUUGCAAAAAUAAUAAGAAUUCAAUGCGAAAUCGAAACAAAAUAGAAGCCUCAUAAGUGGACAAACAAACAAUGGCCGGCAGAAAAAGUGUCAAAAUAUGUGAAAAUUAAUAUUUCACCAGAGAUUUGAGUGCUGCCAAAAAGGGAGAAAAACCCAAAACAAAAACAAACACACACUGCAAACAGAAACAGGACAAACUUUUCGUUUCGCACAACUUUUAUUUCGUACACACGAUUUUCUGGCCCUACGCGAUUUGCCUGCGCAAAAUUAUGAAAAAUAUGUGAGAAAUGUGCGAAAUCCGCAGAAAACACGAGGACCCCAAGAGGAGUAGCCGUUGCAGGAGCAAAAAUCCUGACUGUUGGCCGCUGGCAUAGGUCAAGCUCCAUCCUCCAGUGCGAGAUAGAUCCUGCUCGGUCCCGAAAUCUGUCUGAAAUCCCCUGGCGCCGCUCCUGCCGGUGUGUGUGUGUCAGUGAGGAGUGUGUGUGUGUGUGUGGAGUCAAGGAAGCGAAAAAGAAGGGAGAGCAGCAGUGUAAACGUGCUAAAAUAAGUUAAUUUAUUGCCGAGGCAGCAACAACAAUCACAACACACCGAGAAUAACAACAACUGCCGGCAGUCAAAACAUUUGCCGUGCUCUCCAGUGUUCCCUCUGAAGUUGAAUUUGCUGGCGCUGACUGAAAGGCAAACUACAGAACUAUAGAAAUAGGCCAAAUCCAAUUGACAUUUAUUGACCAAUAUACAUUUAUAAGGACAGUCCGGAAGCGAAGGCAGAUACCAGAAGGGAAAAUCACAAGAGAAAAUUGUAAAAAUCGUUAUAUAUUUCAAUGACGACGACGACGAUAAAGACGACGACGACUAUUCAGAUGGCCAACAAGUGGAGCAAGGGACGAGGACGAGGUUCCCGCAGCCAUGGCCAAAGUGGGCGUGGCUGUAUCUGCUGGAUAUCCUUGACGCUGCUCCUCAUGCUGGUGCCUGAUUUUAUUGUGGCACUCAAGGAUGUUUCCGUAAUGAUACCGCAGGCGGUGAAACGUGGCAGCAAUGCCCUGUUCACGUGUAAUUACGAUAUGGAAAACGAUACUCUAUAUUCGGUGAAAUGGUAUAAGGGCAAGCGUGAGUUUUAUCGCUACACGCCCAAGGAGAAUCCGGCUAUGAAGGUCUUUGCCAUGACAAGUGGUCUCAACGUAGAGCGAAACCUUUCGAAUCAGAGCCACGUCGUGCUGCAGUCGGUGCCGUUGAAUAUUUCGGGAAAAUUUACAUGCGAAAUAUCCGUGGAGGCACCCACAUUUCAAACAGCCAUGGUGUCCGGCGAAAUGGAGGUGGUCGAGCUACCGGAAGAGCACACUGUGGUCACCGGGAUACAGGCACGCUAUCGCGUCGGCGAUUUGGUGGACGGCAAUUGCUCAAUUAAAUACUCGAAACCGGCUGCUAAUUUGACAUGGACUAUUAAUGGUAUUGUGGUGCCACCGCAUCACAUAAAGACGUAUCAGACGGAGAGACAGGAGAACAGCACCCUGGAGUCGGUUACGAGUGCCAUACAUUUCAUGGUCACCACUCAACAUUUUCUCAAGAGCCAGAUGAGGCUCAAGUGCACGGCCAAUAUCUUCGACAUCUUCAAGGAGGAAAUGGAGAGCAUCAUUGAGGAGGACCGUCCCAGGAUAAUGGCCUCGGGCAGAUCGUAUGACAUGAAUAAUUAUCCCCUCGAGGAGAAUCCCAAUGGCGAACGUGGUGGCUACGAGGAUCACAAUGAGUCCUAUCUAACCUAUUACUCGGCGGAUAAUGGUGCAUCGGGCGCUUCGACAGCUGCACAUGAAAUCUUCUGGCAAUUCUGGCUAACAAAGCUCCCCAUCAACAGGCAGUUCGAGGGGACCUGGCAGUGGAUUCAAGAAGGAGGGACAGCGAUGGCAGUACUGCUCGCAACGCUGCUGGCCCAUCAAAUUAUCAACUGUCAAUACACAAAGCCGGCAACUGGAAGGGCCAAGGUACAGAGGCAGCAACAUCAACAGUUGCCGAAGGCCAGGAGCAGCAACCAGGACGCGAAAGCGAACGCGAAUGUGAAUGUGGAUGGGGAUGUGGAUGUGAAUGCGAAGGAUGUGACAGCUCCGAAAGCGGCAACAUCCGCAACGAGCGUCAAAUGCUUUUAUAAUUGUCAAAUGGCCAUGGCAAUGGCAACUUCAAAUCGCAGCGAUGCUGCGAAUAUUGCAAGUGCAACGACAACUGCUGCUGCUGAUGUUGCUGCUGCUGCUGCUGUUGCUGCUGUUGCUGAUGUUACUGCAAGCGGCAUUAAGCGCCUGUCAACGACACUUGCGGGGGGCGUGGCCAGCUGGCAGGAUCAGCGAUUAUUGAUGACUCCUCCACGGCGGCGGCAGGACUCGUUGCAGUCGCAUUGGAGCGCAUGCUGAUGCCGAAUUGAUGAUGAAAUGCAUUCGCGAAAGUAGCUUAAGGUGCUUGCCACCGCCCUACCCCCUAUCCCCCUUCCCCUAUCCCCUCUCUCUUCCCUCCCCCACAUGCCACAUACCCCAAGUAUAAUUAAUAUAUGCGAUUGCGAGUAUGGAUUGUCCUCGCACUCGAGUGUUACGCACAAUCUGGGGCAGUGCCGAAAUAUAUAUUUAACAAUUGAAGGCGGAGACGGUGCGAAAUCAAUGAAUAAUAACAGGAAAUAAAUUAAUUUAAGAUUGAGAAGGGGAUAACUUGAUGGUGAAACCAAUAAAAUAUAUCGUAUGUAAACAUAAAUACCCUGUACGUUGAAAUCGCACAAUUAAAGAGGUUUAUAUACAAAUCGAGAUAUAUAUUUUGUUUAAUUAAAAGAGAUUACAAAUUGCCGCAGUAUAAAAUAUUAUCCAUUUAUUUAAAGUCAUGAAAAAUAACCUAUCAAUUUAAUAUUUGAAAUG